GGCCUAGGGUAUUAUUGGAGCCAUGCCUAGUAACCAGGGUAAUUGAGAUCAGUGAAAGGACAAAACAGGAAGAGCAACAGUCAACAAUGUCUAUCCGGCCUAGUAAGCUCCCAACAAACUUGAGAUCGUCCCUGACCUUGGACCAGGUUAUAAAGAUAGAAGAGAGUUACAAGAGGGUAGUAGCAUUUGAGAAGGCUGUUAAGAGUUGGAAAAAUACAGUGGUGCAGUGUGUAUGGCAGGAAACAAUGGACCAGAGGAGGAACCCUUAUGCCAUCCUGAAAAUGCAAGACACCGAGGAACAGGAGAUGGCAAUGGCCAACAAGCAGCUGCUGAUUGUUCGGCAAGCUGCCUUAAAUCAACUGUUUGAGAAGGAGCAGCGACAGUACCAGCAAGAGCUGAAUCAGAUGGGCAAAUCCUUCUAUGUGGAAAGACUCUGAAGGCAUCAGAGGCACUGUCCCUUUUUCUCUAACUGUUCAUAUUUCAGGGUGCCCGAGGCCUAAACUUUUCUCCCUAAGAUAAGUCUGGAUCAGGCUAUUUGCCUACGACCAGGCUGUCCAUUUUUCAUCUGUAAUUUUUUUAUUUUUUGGUAAAAGUGAUAUAUUAAAAGGCUGAUCAAGGCAA